AUGGACAAAAAUAUAGCUGGCACACUUAAAAUAAGAUUGACCUACAUAUUCUCCCAACGCCACGACAAAGCGGAAGACUGUAUAAAUGUAUGCAAGAUUCCAAAAUUAGAUGUAUACAAUCCUGGUAUAAGGUAUAAAAUUGGCGAAAUCGAACUUAAAUGUAAGAAUAAAGCAUCAUUUACAUUUGAAAAUGGACACAGACUUGAAAUAAAUUGGACGGCAGUUAGACUUUCUAAUGUAUCUUCUACUUUUUCAAGCUGUACUUACCAACCUAUUAUUAGACCUGUUUCAGUCCCUAAUCAUAACUUCUUUCAAUAUGGACCGGAAAGUGCUCAGUUUUAUUUAUCUGUGAACAUCUCCGACGAAUUCAUUCGUGUGAAAUGUUUUGACAAAACAAACACGGUCAUUUAUACCAACUUUCACCAGUUCGUUUUUCAAAAACCUGACGUUGAAAGACGGUGUAACAAAGCUUUCAAAGAGCAUUCCGGAAAUCCAGCAAUUAAGGAAAAAUUGAAUGUAAUCUUGUUGGGGACAGAUUCUAUAUCAAGGUUACAGUCAGUUAGAUCUCUGAAGCGUACACGUGCGUAUCUUCAUGAGGUUUUAGAAGCAUUCGAACUAACCAUGUAUAAUAAAAUUGGUGAUAACACAUUUCCAAAUAUUGCUGCACUCACACUCGGAAAGUUUGUGGAAGAGAUUCCCUACAAUGAAUCCUAUAGACACGUACCAUUUGACAAGCAUAACUUUAUCUGGAAGCAAUUUUCUGCUAAAGGAUACAGAAGUCUUUACAUUGAGGACAGGAGCGGAACCUUUGAUUACAUGAUGGCUGGAUUUCAUUCAUAUCCCUCAGAUUAUUAUAAUCGACAUUUCUUCAUGGCUAUGAAAGAAGAGAAAUCUGUUUGGAAUACGGAUGAUUUAUGUAUGAUGGAUCGAUUAGAAACUGGUAUGGUAUUAGAUUAUGCAGCUAAAUUUGUACGAUUGCAACAAAAUUCACCUUAUUUUGCUUUUUCAUUCGCAACAACAUUAACUCAUGACGAGUUUUAUCAUGCACAGUAUGCGGAUCUUCCCCUCCUAAACUUCAUAAGAGAAUUACAUGAGGACCAGCUUUUGAAUAAUACCCUUCUUAUCGUCUUCAGUGAUCAUGGAAUUCGUAUUGGAAACUAUCGAAAUACCUACGAAGGAAUGAUGGAAGAAAGACUGCCGAUGAUGCAUUUGGUUUUUCCCAAGUGGUUCAAAGAAAAGUAUCCAUUAUAUUCGAAAAAUCUUAAAUUAAACACGAAGCGUCUUACUACCCCGUUUGAUAUUUACGAAACAUUGAGAGACGUCUUGAACUUUGACGACAAGAUUUUCCAACGAAAGGGGUAUAAAAAUAGAGGGAUAAGUUUAUUUAGGGAGAUUCCAAAGGAGAGAACAUGUAAAGAUGCAGGAAUUGCUCCACACUGGUGUACGUGCGUGGAACAUACAGUCGUAAAUACCUCGGACAAUACUAUAAUUUUUUUGAGCGAUUUCCUUGUUCGAAGCUUAAACAGAAAGUUAAGUAACGUUCAGGAUAAAUGUGAGGUCUUAGCCUUAGAAGAAAUUAGACAUGCAUCAAAAGUUCAAAUUUCUGAAAGUGUUCUUGAAACAAGAAAAAGAAAAGUAAAGCCCCAAGCACAUUACCAAAUAAAAAUCAAAACAAAGCCAGGAGGUGCUUUAUUUGAGGCCACUAUAUUCUAUGAUGAAAGGUUUCAUUUUAGAAGACUAGAUGGCGACAUAAGUAGAAUAAAUAAGUAUGGAAACCAGGCAUCGUGUAUCAGCGAAAACCACGAACUGGAGAAAUACUGUUUAUGUAGGAAGUAA